AUGUCUAUAUACCCACUUUACAAGGAUCUAUUUCCACCAACCGGUGUCGAGGAAGUUGUUUGUGCUUCUUUUACUUCGCCUACUGACAUUAAUUUAAUAGUUGCACGUUCAUCGAUCUUACAAAUAUAUAGAUUUGUUGAGCAAGCUGAAGUUACAAAAGAGGAAGAAACAGCCAUGGAAGAGGAUGUUAACUUGGUAAAUGUGUUUGGUAAAGAUGAUGAUCAGAAUUUCAUAUUUCCUACACUCAAACCAGCUGCAAAUCUUUUGUACAUGACUGCUCGCCUUGAAUUAAUUAUUCAAUAUAAGCUCCAUGGAAAUAUAACAUCUAUGGGUGUUGUUCAAACGAUUUCAUCUGGUGCAAAUGGUAUGGAUAGUCUAUUAAUAAGUUUCAAGGAUGCAAAGUUAUCACUUUUGGAGUUUUCUUUGGCAACAAAUAGUAUUGUCACAGUAUCAAUCCACUAUUAUGAACGUGAGGAAUUCAAGUUGGAAUUUCUUUCAAAUCCAUUUCCUACCAAAGUCAAAGUUGAUUCAUCAAGUAGUUGUGCAGUUUUACAUUUUUAUGGUGAUAAGCUGGCAAUCUUGCCAUUUCGUCAAGAAGCUUUGAAUUUAGAUGAAGAAGAUGCUGCAAUCAAGUGGCCAUAUGUACCAAGUUUUGUUGUUGAAUUAUCAUCAAUACAGUCAAAAAUUAAAAAUAUUAUAGACAUGAAUUUUUUGAAUGAUUAUUAUGAACCAACUUUGGCAAUACUUUUUGAACCUUGCCAAACUUGGCCCGGGAAAUUAAAUUCACAAAAAGACACUUGUUCUCUUAUUGUCAUAUCACUUGAUAUUGCACAGAAAAAAUAUCCAAUAAUAUAUUCAAUGGACAACUUGCCACAUUCUUGUGUAAAGACAGUUCCAGUUCCAAAACCUAUAGGCGGUAUACUUAUAAUAACAGCUAAUGCAUUAAUUCAUGUAAUUAAAAAUUCACCAGGAAUAGGUGUUUCUGUUAAUGGUUAUGCAUCAUCAACAACAGAUUUUCCGCUUGAUAGUUCAUUUGAGCAUUUGGGGAUUACCUUAGAAGGCUGUAAACAUGUCUUUUUGACAACUGACGAAAUAUUACUUGCUUUGAGAAAUGGUGAUUUAUACCUUGCAAAGUUAAUAAAGGAUGGAAGAUCAGUCUCAAAAAUUAGUUUGGAAAAGGUUGGCAAUGAUACAUUGCCAUCAUGCGCAUGUUACAUUACAGAUGGGUAUUUUUUCCUAGGUUCAAGACUUGGAGAUUCUCAUCUGAUUCAAUAUAAAACACUAAAGAUUGAACCAAAAUCCAAUGGUGUUGUGAAUGGCUUUGGUUAUCAGUCAAGAAGGAAUACAUUAGAUUUUGAAACAGAUUAUAUAUUCACUUUGUGUGAUACUCUUCUUAAUGUUGGUCCAAUUGUGGGAAUGACAUAUGGUGAACUAGUAUUUUCUGAAGAAAAAUCUCACAUGCAUAAUAUUAAAAAAGACUUGGAACUAGUGACUUGUUCUGGAUAUGGAAAAGGAGGGUCAAUUUGCGUUUUUCAUCAUAAUAUAAAUCCUGUUGUUUUUAGUUCUUUUGCUAUGGAUGGCUGUUUAAAUAUGUGGGCUAUAUCAAGUAUUGAUCCUAUAUUUGCAGGGAUUCCUAUGGACACUCCAGGUUUGCCAAAUCAUCUGCCUAGUAUAGAUUCUGAACAGUCAUAUGACAAAUAUCUUUUUAUUUCUAAAAGCUUCAAGACAAUGGUUUUGGCUUGUGGUGAAGAGUUACAAGAGCUUGAACAUUCUGAUUUUUAUACAGAAGGACCCACUAUAGAAGUUGGCUCAUUAUUAAAUAAUUCAUUAAUUUUACAAGUUCAUCCAUAUGGUCUUAAACUUCUUAAUUCUGAUCCUGGAAAUGGAUUGAUUGUUUUUGCAAGCAUCGUGGAUCCAUAUAUAUUGUUAUUAUAUGAUACUGGAAUUGUAGAUUUGAUGAAGAUAGAUAAUGACACAAAAGAAAUCAAUAGUUGUGAACUGCCAUCGCAUAUUAAUGAGCUUCCAAUAGCCAAUUGUUGUAUAUUCUAUGAUGAGUCAGAUCUUUUUGCACUGGUUAAAGAUGUUGAACCACUUAAAAAAUUUAAUGAAUUCAAUAACUUUACCAAAAAAAAUAAACCAAGUACAUCAAUGCCAAUUGAUGAUGAAUUAGAUGAACUUUUUAAUGAGUCUAAAAGUAAUGACGAUGAUUUAUUAGAAGCUAAUGAUGAAAUGGUUGAUGAUGAUUUAUUACAGGUUGUUGGUGAAGUAAAUGAAGAGAAUGUGAGUGGAGUUGUUAAGAAUACUAAAAGAGAAAGUUAUUGGUGUGUGAUAUAUCGACAAGAUGGCUCUUUGGAGAUUUAUAAACUUCCCGAAUUACAAGAAGUAUUUCAUUUUCCACAUUUUGAUAUGACCCCAACUGUUCUUGUGGGAUUUUUUACACGACAAAAUAUAAAGACACCAGGAAAAACGGCUGAUAUUCAAGAAAUUUUAUUAAAGAAUCUUGGAUUACACAAAAAGGACACAUAUCUUAUAGCUCGGACCAGUGUCGGUGAUAUUAUAAUAUAUAAAGCAUUUCGAUAUAUUCCUGGCUCUGAUAUAUUUGAUCCUUUCCAAAAAUCACAAUCGCAAGGUGAAUUAUCCGAUCAUCUUGCAAUAAGAUUUUCACGAGUAUCUCACGAGUACAUUUCAAGAGAAUCUAUAUACAGCGAUAUUCAUGACAAACCUGUAUCAAGUAAAAAUAAUCAACAAGAUAUUAAUGAAAUUGAAGAAGAACAAAUAAAAAACAAUUUAGAGUCACGUAAAGAACAACUUAGAUUAAAUAAACGAAGAUUGAUACCAUUCUCAAACAUUGCUGGAUUUACAGGGGUAUUUGUAACCGGUGCUAAACCUGUUUGGAUAAUUUGUGCCAAUAAUAAUUUUUUGAGGUUGCAUCCGAUGAAUGCUGAUGGGGAAAUAAAAAGUUUUACCCCAUUCCACAAUGUUCAUUGCAAAAAUGGAUUUUUAUAUACUAAUAAUGAGGAUGACUGUAGGUUUUCUGAAUUAUCUAAAGAAUUUUUAUAUGACAUGGAAUGGCCAGUAAGGAAAAUCUCGCUUGGGAGAUCGGUUCAUGGUAUUGAAUAUCAUCCUGAAAUGCAAGUAUAUGCACUAAUGACAUCUACACCAAUUGAAUUUCAUAUGAAAGAUGAGAAUGGAGUUCCAACAGAUGUUGAUGGGGAUAGUUCACAAUUUUUGCCAGAGACGCAAAAUUUUACACUAGAGUUAAUAUCCCCAAUCACAUGGGAAACUGUGGACAAACAUGAUUUUCAAGAAGAUGAACAAGGUCUUUGUAUAAAAUGUGUUAGUCUUCAAACAAAAUCAACCUCCAGUGGCAGAAAACCUUUUAUAGCUGUUGGCACAGGAUUUUUCCGUGGGGAAGAUGUGGGAAUGAGAGGAAAUAUAUAUGUAUUUGAAAUUAUUGAAGUUGUACCGGAACCUGAUAAUCCUCAAACAAAUCAUAAAUUUAAAUUACUUUGUGCUGAAGAAGUUAAAGGCUCCGUAACUACUAUUUGUGAUGUAAAUGGAUAUUUAUUAACAUGUGUUGGGCCAAAGAUAUUUAUACGUGCCUUUGAAGAUAAUGAUUGUCUUAUUAGUGUUGCAUUUAUUGAUAUACAACUAUAUGCAAGUAAUGUAGUAUCAAUUAAAGAUUUUAUACUAUUGGGAGAUGUAUAUAAAAGUGUAUGGUUUCUUGGAUUUCAGGAAGAACCAGCAAAAUUGGUUUUAGUUGGCAAAGAUUAUAAUUCUUUGGAAGUUAGUUGUUUAAGUUUUUUGAUAGAUGAGCCAGCACUAUAUUUUGUUGUAGCUGAUAUGGAUAAAAAUAUUCAUAUGUUUCAAUAUGCUCCAUAUAAUGUGCAAUCUUUUGCUGGUCAAAAACUUAUCCGCCGCGGUGAUUUCCAUGUUGGAUCCCAAGUGAAAACAAUGCUCACGUUACCUAAAAAAGAAGUUAUACGUAAAGAUCAUGACUUUGAUUUAGAAUUUUCAUCCAAGACUUCAGAAGAAAUCGGUAGAAACAAACAACUUUGUUUAUGUGGAACACUUGACGGAAGUAUUGGAAUGAUCACGCCGAUAACAGAAAAAACUUAUAAACGAAUGCAACUUUUAUAUUCUCAAAUGGUUAAUGGAAUACAACAUCCAGCAGGCUUAAAUCCAAAAUCAUUUAGAUUACUACAAUCAAAAAUGCGAUUAGCAAUUAAUCCAUCAAAAGGAAUAUUGGACGGUGACCUCUUAUUCCAAUUUCCCAAUCUUGCCUUACAUAGGCAACGUGAGAUGACAAAACAAAUCGGUACAACGGUUGAAAGAAUAAUGGAUGACUUGUUGGCAAUUCAAGAAUCUUAUAAUUAUUUUUAA